AGCUUGUCAAACAUUGAUGUAUUGAUCUGCUGACUGGUGCUGACUUUACAAUUCCAAUCAAUUCCAAUUUCCACAAAAUUAAUAAAUAAAAUGUUGUCUACAGUUGUAGAAUUUUUCGAAAAUUAUGGUUGGUUUAUAUUUGGAAUUGGGGUGGUUAUUGCUUUCUCUCUGAAGAACCUUCAGCCUAGGAUUACAGCUUGGAGGAAGAAGGUGGAAGAUGAUGAGUAUGCAGCGAAAUAUCAUAAGAACCCAGAUUUGAUAGCUGCAAGACUUGCAGCCCAAGAGGCACAUAGAAGGAAAAUGCAAGAAGAGCAUGACAGAGCUGCUGAAGUAAAUAGGCUGAAAAUGGAAGAGAAGGAGAAGAAGAAAAGGGAGGAGUUUUUGGAGAAGCAAAGUGGAUCUGGUUCAGGAUCAAAAUUGGGUUUCAAGUCAGACUACAAUCCUUUGAUGGGUGACACUUCCAGAGGAUAUAGAGCUACAAAGAAGAGCCCAUGUGGUGGAGGUGGAUGUGGCAAAUAAAUAUUAUCAAAGUACUUAUUAUAACUAAUGCAUUUAUUAAACUAA